AUGCAGCUAGUUCAAAGGGUGUGUGACAAGCUGAAGUUGGGAGAAGAAAAUAAAAAUGACAUCAUACUUAUAAACCUGAAUGGUUUGAUCCUAAAUGAUGAUAGAGUGGCCCUGAAAGAUAUCACCAGACAACUUCAUUUAGAAAAUGUUGUGGGAGACCGAGUUUUUGGUAGCUUUGCUGAGAACUUGGCCUUCCUAUUGCAGGCUUUAAAAUGUGGUAGUCAAGAAUGUAAAUCCCUAAUCUUUAUUAUUGAAGAAUUUGAUCUUUUCUGCUACCAUAAGAAUCAGACCUUAAUCUACAACUUGUUUGACAUUGUCCAAUCAUCUCAGACUCCAGUAGCUGUAGUUGGAAUAACAUGUAGGCUGGACGUAAUUGAACUUCUUGAGAAGCGAGUGAGAUCAAGAUUUUCCCAUCGGCAGAUUAAUUUAUUUAAUCAGUAUAACUUUGAUGACUAUAUGAAUAUUGUCAAAAACCUGUUACAACUACCUGAAGACUUUUCUGACUUCCUGCAAAGGAAUCAAUGGAAUGGACAUAUCGAGAAAUUACUAGAAGAAAGAGGUGCUAAAUCUGUACUAAGAAGACAGUUUGAAACUAACAAAAACAUUAGAAACCUCAAGAAACUACUGGUUUUGUCAGUCAGCCAGAUAAGUGACAAGCAUCCUUUUCUAAAAACCAGUAAUUUCAUUGAUGCUCAGGCAUUGCAAACUGUGGACACAAAAGCUUCCAUGUUAAAAGGUUUGUCUUUACUUGAGAUGGUACUUGUGAUAUCCAUGGUGCAUCUGACUGUUCUUUAUGAAAGAGAACCCAUUAACUUUGAGAUGGUUUACAAUGAGUACAAGAAGUUUGCAUCUCGUAAGUCAUCUCUGCAGUGUAUAGAAAAAACCGUUGUAUUUAAGGCUUUUGAACAUCUUCAGACUUUGGAACUAGUGAUACCCAUGACAGGAAGUACUUUAACAACACCAAAGCCAUUCAGGCUUGUUAGAGUAUUAAUGGAUCCCAUACAGGUAAAAGAAGCACUACAAAGAUAUCCCAACCUUCCAACUGAACUAGAACAGUGGGCUUCUUUUAUGCUAAGUGAUAUUUCAUAAUUCCAAUGGAAGUGCAGUUAUGUGCUUUCAUGACAGUACAGAUAUAUUAUUUUACUGUGGAAUUUUGUAGUUCAGAAAUUGUUUCAUUUCUAUAGUAAGGUUAGCUCUUUUAAAUGUAAUUGUACUUUUUUAUGAAAAGUAGAUUUAUUGUUCAUAAAAUGAAUAAAAGUUAUUAAAGUCCUUUGUCAGUAUUUUAUCCUAAUCUAAUUCGAGAAGACCGAUUGCAGGUUUCUCAAGUGGAGAGUUGUAAGGACCUAACAACUGUUGUAACACUGAACAGUAUCUGUUAUUGUAUUUUAAAAACUAGUUGAUGUUUCA